AGCUUUCCAUCACAUAAACACAAGUCUCCAAAGAAGAGAAAGAAAGAAACAUAGUAGCAGUUGUUAUUCAUUGUAACGAUGGAGUUUAUUCAAAGAAAUUUUGCAUCAGUUGGGGUUUUACUGUUCGCAAUAGUUGGAGUUUCGUUGCUGCAACAGAUGGCUGCACAACACCACCACUACGGAUCACCUGAUCCAAGUCAAUGUUCGGCGAUUGGCUCCACUGGAGAAGCUUGCACAAACAAGCAAACCGUAAAUAUAAAUAUAAAAAUAACGUAUGACGGUUGUUGUGGUUGUCAAGCACCCCCAGGUCCAUGUCCAUCCCCACCAUCACCUCCUCCUCCUCCAUCCCCAUCUCCAUCACCACCACCUCCAUCCCCAUCUCCACCUCCACCUCCUCCAGCUGUGUUCGUAUGCGAAGAAGGAGUAGACUCUUAUUCAGAUAACUACAUGUCCGAUGAAACUGAUUGCAACCUUUGUGAAGAUGAUUGUGCUACUACAUGCUCGCGAUCAGGAACUCCUGUGAUAAAUCAAUCAUGCUCGAAAGAAGAAAAUCCUUCUGCAUUAUUUUGCAAGUGUUGUUGCAAGGGUCCCAGUACCCCGUCGUCGUCGUCAGUUUCUGCUCUUGGUUCAUUAUUACUCACUGAAGCAUUAAUACAGUGAACCUGAGCUGCCAUCCCGUGGUGCUGGGAUCCGGUGAAGUCUGCACAGCUAGCCUUUGCUUACUUUGUAUUCUAAAAACGUAAAUUAUGGUUUUACGAUGGAAACACGUCAGCGCCGGAAAACUGCGUACUUUUUGUUACAUCGAGUUUUAGGGUCCUUGGAAAUUUUCCUACGUUUAUGUGGAAAUUAUGUUGUGCAUUCAAUGAAUCAAUAAUAAUAAAAAAACAAAAUUAGU